UCUUGUUCCAUUAACCAAACAAACCUGGCCAGAAAGAUUGAAAAAAAAAAUGGAGAAAGGAUAUCCAAACCAUGUUGCAAGGAAGAAGGGUGGAUUGGUCACAAUGCCCUUCAUCUUCGCAAAUGAGAUAUGCGAGAAGUUGGCUGUGGUGGGAUUCAAUGCUAAUAUGAUAAGCUACUUGACAACACAGCUUCACAUGCCGCUCACUAAAGCAGCAAACACUCUCACCAACUUUGGUGGCACGGCAAGCUUGACGCCCUUGAUUGGAGCCUUCGUCGCCGAUUCGUUCGCCGGCCGAUUCUGGACUAUUAGCGUUGCCUCUAUCAUCUACCAAAUAGGAAUGAUUAGCUUAACACUGUCAGCAGUGCUUCCACACCUAAGACCACCACCGUGCAAACUAGGAGAUCAAGUGUGUGAAGAAGCCGAUUCAAGACAGGUGGCGAUACUAUACGUAUCCCUCUUAUUAACGGCACUUGGGUCGGGCGGGAUCCGACCCUGCGUGGUGGCUUUCGGGGCGGACCAGUUCGACGAACAAGAUCCGAAGCAAAACACCAAGACAUGGAAAUACUUCAAUUGGUACUAUUUUACCAUGGGAGCUUCUAUACUUGUGGCUGUCACUGUGCUUGUGUACAUACAGGAUAAUAUUGGAUGGGGUUGGGGACUAGGUAUUCCAACCAUAGCAAUGUUUCUCUCAAUUAUUGCCUUUGUAGUCGGGUACCCGCUUUACCGGAACUUGGAUCCGGCCGGGAGUCCAUUUACCCGGUUGUUACAAGUGUCCGUGGCUGCUUACAAGAAAAGGAAGCUAAAAAUGGUUUCUGAUUCCAAUCUGCUUUAUGACAAUGAAGAACUUGAUACCGCUAUUUCGCUCGGUGGGAGGCUUCUUCAUACAAAGCAAAUGAAAUUUCUCGACAAGGCAGCCAUUGUGACCGAAGAAGACAGCGUGAAAUCGCCAAAUCUAUGGAGGCUCAACACCGUCCAUCGUGUAGAAGAGCUGAAAUCAGUGAUCAGAAUGGGACCGAUCUGGGCAUCAGGAAUCCUCCUCAUCACAGCCUACGCCCAACAAGGCACUUUCUCCCUCCAGCAAGCCAAAACCAUGAACAGACACCUCACAAACUCCUUCCAAAUCCCCGCAGGCUCAAUGAGCGUCUUCACCAUUGUCACCAUGCUCUCCACCAUCGCCCUAUACGACCGCGUUUUGAUCCGCGUCGCUCGGAAGUUCACCGGCCUAGACCGCGGCAUCACCUUCCUCCAGAGAAUGGGGAUCGGCUUUGUCAUUUCCAUAAUUGCCACUUUCGUCGCGGGCUUCGUCGAGAUCAAGCGCAAAGCCGCCGCUUCCGCGCACGGUCUCGUCGAUCACCCGCAUGACAUGAUACCUAUCUCGGUUUUUUGGCUAGUGCCUCAGUACAGCCUUCAUGGCAUGGCUGAGGCAUUCAUGUCAAUAGGGCAUCUAGAGUUUUUCUACGACCAAGCGCCGGAGAGCAUGAGGAGCACCGCCACCGCACUGUUUUGGACGGCGAUCUCGGCGGGGAAUUAUAUGAGCACCCUUCUGGUUUCACUUGUGCACAAGUAUAGUGCUAGGGCUGAUGGGACGAAUUGGCUUCCGAAUAGCAAUUUGAACAAGGGGAAGUUGGAGUACUUUUAUUGGCUGCUCACUUUGUUGCAAGUUUUGAACUUUAUUUAUUAUGUGUGUUGUGCAAAGAUGUACACUUUGAAGCCCAUUGAGGUCGCUAAGAAGGAAAGUGCUCAUGAGUCUGGACAAAGUGGAGUAGAGCUUGGUAAUAGAGUUUAAGUGGCUAUGUUAUGUACUGACAUUGUGCCUUGCGUCUGAAUAGUAAGUCAGUGAUCGUAGAGGUCAUAAUGUGGACAGAAUAUAUAUGUAGUUAUUGUAAUGGCAGAAUAAAUAAUUAAAGAUGUAAAUUGGUGAUAGUACAGUAUUUCUUCUAUUCCUA